AUGAAGACGACCUCUAGCGUGAUGGCAGCUCAGCGAGCCAACAGUCUGUCUGGGAAGAUAAUGUGGCUCCCAUCCCGGAACAGCAUCCCAAGCAACCUGCUCGAGCCUGUUCUCGACAAUGGUGCAUAUAACCACCCGGUCGUCAUCAUGUCCAAUAACACAUCUCCCGAGGGACUCGUCGAGGUGUUUCUGAUCACUUCCUUCGGCACGAGAAGCAUCGCCGAGGCCUUCGACCACAAGUGGAAGCACUGGCUGCAAUACACGCCCAUCGAGCCCGCCUUUCAUCCCGAAGUUGCACAACUCCGUCUGAUCGAAGGCAGCCAGCGGCUCGAGAAGCCAUCGUACGUCAACACCCGUCAGGCCCACAUGGUCCAACUCGCGGCGCUGCGUCCUCACCGCGGGAGUGGCCCUGGCGCGGACUCCGUUAUCGACCAGGCGUCGCUCAAGACGCUGAGGGCCAUGUCCAACUUUAUCGACCUAUUCAACCCUCGCACACCUAAGAGGCUGAGGGACUACAAGAUGUGGGAAAUGGACCACAAGUGGCGCAAGGGGGAGGACCAGGCUCAGCCACUACCUUUGGGUUACGUGGUUACGAAUCCUUACUUCCCUGCCUUUUCUUGGAUGGCCCAGACACCAAGCCCGACCAGCCCCCAGACAUACAACGCCCCGACAUACAACACCCACCCAUACCAUACCCACACAUACAACACACAAGCAUACAGCGGAUGCUAUCAUCAAACUGUAUCUAAUUGGAGAGCCCUCCCGCAUCAACAUCGGGAUAUUACUUCUCUGGCGUCCUGGAGGACAUCCACUUCGGCCUUUUGA